UCGAUAUCAAAACCGUUUCCCGUUUUUAUUCACUUAGUCCUCCAGAACCCGUUUGCUCCGCAGUAGUUGAUUAAUUUUUCUUGCGUGAAAUGUAAUAAUUUCCAUCAAUUGGAUAAAGUAUUAACUUCGAAAUGAGUCGAAACAUCGUCACAUCAGUAUUUAUAAUAAGUAUCGUCCUUCAGAUUGUUUUCGGCCAAAGUCUUUCCAAAUGCUUCUUCCAAAAAACGUGCGUCGAGUGCUUGGACACAGACAUCUCCUGCGCGUGGUGUACCGAUGAGAAUUACGGCAUGUACAAAUCUCGCUGCAUGAGCCUGGAUGACUUGAAAUCAUCCAACUGCAGUGAAAGUAAAAUCGAAACAAAUGAAAAUUCCAGCCAGUUUGAGUACAUCAAAAAUGAGUCACCGCGCGAUUUUGACCGAGAGGCAUUAGAAGUUACCCAAAUAAGCCCUCAAAAAGUGUGGAUGAAACUUGGCAAGCUUGAACCACACAGUUUCAAAUUCACCUACAAACCCGCGAAGAAUUAUCCAUUGGAUCUGUAUUAUCUGAUGGAUCUCACCUGGUCGAUGAAGGACGACAGAGACACCCUCAUCAACAUGGGAGAUCAAUUGGCGAAAGCCCUAGCGAACCUCACCGAGAACUACCGCUUGGGAUUCGGAAGUUUCAUAGACAAACCCAUCAUGCCGUUCAUUCAGACCGAGGAGCAUCGGCGGGAGAAUCCUUGUAGCUCGGAGCGAGAGAUCUGCGGACCGACGUACGGUUUUCGCCAUCGGUUGCAGAUAACCAAAAAUAUCGACAGCUUCAUCGAGAAGCUCAAAACCAGCAACGUGUCGGCCAAUCUGGACAAUCUCGAGGGAGGUCUGGAUGCACUGAUGCAGGUGCUGGUGUGCGAUGAUCGAAUCGGUUGGGGAGCGAACACGAGGAAAAUUGUUAUCCUGGCUACCAAUGGUUACAUGCACAUGGCUGGUGACGGGCUGUUAGCUGGAAUUACCGAACGAAAUGAUAAACUAUGUCACCUUUCGGCGGAUGGGGAGUACACUGGGGCGCUGCUGUACGAUUAUCCUUCCCUGGAAGAGAUUUAUCGAGUCUUGGGAAAGUCAAAAACGGCAGUGAUCUUUGGAGUUACCCAGGAACUGCAAGAAUAUUACACAUCGUUACAGGAGUUAAUGUCGGAGUUUGCAAGUGUGGGCCUCCUGCAGGACGAUUCAUCAAACAUUCUGCAGCUGGUUGACACUGGGUACAGGGAUUUUGUUAGGAGGGUCGAGUUUACAGAUAACGCACCGAGUUACAUCCGAAUCUCAUACACAACUGAUUGCGGGGGCGUCUACACUACACCACAACCGAUAAACAAAUGCGAUAAUAUUGAAAUCGGGAAAGAGUAUGACUUCAAUGUGGAAAUUCGAUUGCUUGACUAUCCCCCUGAACAAGUAUCGAAUCUAACGGUCAAAAUUGAGGAGACACUUAUCAGUAACGAAGCUGUUGAAUUGGUGAUCGACAUUCGUAAGACUUGCAACUGUGAACUGGAACAAGAGCCCAUCCCAUCGAGCGAUGUUUGCAUGGGAAAUGGUGACUAUUCGUGUGGAAUGUGCAAUUGUCAGGCAGGGUGGAUUGGAAAAACAUGUGAAUGCAAUCUCCAAAACUUCGACAACAGCGCCGACUUACUGAAUCUUUGCCGAGCAGAGACGGAAUUUGAUGAGCUGGGACCAGUCUGUUCGGAAAGAGGAGAAUGCAUCUGCGGACAAUGCCACUGCAAUCACGGUUUUGAUGGGCCACACUGUGAAUGUUCUCAAUGUACACCGUUAUCCGGUUUAAUCUGCAACGAUCACGGAGAGUGUGACUGUGGUACCUGCAAGUGCCACAAUGGUUGGUCAGGAGACGAGUGUGAUUGUUCAACCGAUGACCGCAACUGUAAGGCACCCCACAAGGGUGAAUUCUGUUCCGGACGGGGCGAUUGCAUAUGUGGCAAAUGCAGCUGCAGUGAAUCUUAUUUUGGCCCGUACUGUGAAGCUAUGGCAGGAUCAGAGUCAGAACUGUGCUCAUUCUAUGAUGAUUGCGUGCGUUGUGCCAUUCACAGGAAAUUGGGCAAGAAAUGUGACAAUAUUGAAGCCGAAUGCAAAUCUAAACUUGGGCUGUACAGUGCAGAAUUUUUCGAAACUUUGGAAGACACAUUGAACUGUACCGCUCGUAUAACCCACAAUGAGCUCACAUGCGACUUUAAAUAUACGUACAGUUUCAAUGACCAGCGGACACUGCUAAAGAUUUUGGAUCAGGAUUGCAGUCGGAUCAAUGUUAUGGCUACCGCUUUCGGCAUUGCUUUAUUAACUGUGGUUCUAGGUUUGCUGGUAAUGGUUAUUAUUAGGAUGAAAAUGUACCUCGAGGAUCGGAGAAUGUAUCAGCAGUUUGAGAAGGAGCAGCAGAAUGAGACUUCGUAUCAGAUGCAAAGUCCACUGUACAAAUCACCCAUUUCGAACUUCACGGUUCCAGAAGAAAUGGCCGAUAGUGAACUAAGAUAACCGUAAAACGCCUUUCGUUAGGCAAAGGCUAUGCAUACACAACAGUGAAUACCACAUUUACAAGAACGCCGAUCAAGUAUUUAUGAUUCUUCAUUAUAAAAUGAAACUGAUCUCCAAUGAAAAGCCAAACAGAUGUUCUGAUAAAAAUAGACAAAAAUUUGAGAUUUCACUCCGCGAAUUUCCGAUGUAUUGU